GUGUGGCGUGGUGUGAGAGUGGAGGUCAUUCAUCAGUGGAGCACAAGUAGUGCGAGGGGAGUGACUAAGUCACAGGGUCUAUAUAUUCACAUGUUUUGUCCGGUGGCUUUACGUGAAUGAGAGAAGAAGAAGAAGAAGUCCCCACAGCGCAGGAUUAUUACACGCCGUCAUGGAUUCGAUCUUCCGCGCACUUUGCAUGACUUUUGUCCUGGCGUCGUUCAGCCGCGGGUCAGGUGCGCUGGGUCCGGUGAUCAGGUGCGAGCCCUGCGACGACGGCGCGCGCCUGUCCUGCAAGCCUUUGCCCAAGGACUGCGCCGAGAAGGUUCGCGAGCCGGGCUGCGGCUGCUGCCUGACGUGCGCGCUCAGCUUCGGCCAGCCGUGCGGCGUAUACACCGGCAGAUGCGGCUCCCGGCUCUCCUGCCAGCAUCAGCCCGGCGAGACGAGACCGCUGCAGGCUCUGCUGGAGGGACGCGGGAUUUGCGCGAACGCCACGACGACGACAACGACGACGACGAGCAAAAGACUCGCGGAGAGACAAUCGCCCCCUGUCAAUGACCUUCCAGAAAUGAUUGAGACUGUGGAUGAGGAGCGUAACUCCACCGGCUUCCAGAAGACCCACAGACCGGUGGCACCCCUGAGACCUCCACUUCACCCCUUCCUCCAUUCCGCCAAGGCCGAAAUCCUCCGGCGGGAGCAGCAAAAGAGAACGAGAAGCUUUAAAAUGGAGGUUCCGGGACCACUCAUGACAGACCAACAGAACUUCUCCCUGGAGAUCAAACCGGAGCCUGAGUAUGGUCCCUGUCGGCGAGAGAUCGAGAGCAUUCUCAGCAGCCUGAAGAUUACAGACACCCUCAACCCCCGUGGUUUCCGCAUACCAAACUGUGACAAGAAGGGCUUCUAUAAGAAAAAACAGUGCCGUCCGUCCAAGGGCAGAAAGCGAGGCUUCUGUUGGUGCGUGGACAAAUUCGGGCAGCCUCUGCCAGGUUUCGAUGGGAGGGAGCGAGGAGUCGCCCGGCAUUACCACUCAGAGAGCCAAUAGGAGCCUGUAAACAAGAUCCGUAAACAACCAGAGACGCUGAGGAUAUCGGGAGACGGGGUCAAGACGGUUCGGCUUGUUGAAAAGACGAUGGAUUCUUCAGAAACUCUCCUGACAAAGACUCACCUCGAGUAAUUGAUCUCGAAAGCUGAGAGAGAGAUAGAGAGAGAUGCACAUCGUUAUUAUUAUUAUUAUAAACAUGCAUUCUCUCAGUGUAGGCAUUACUUUGUUUAUGCUUUCAAGGUUUGCUUUCUUAAACACAGAAAUACAUCAUCGUCGUCAUGAUCAGUCAGUUGGGUGUUCCCAAGUUGUGGCUUCAGGACCCGAAAUGGGUCACGAGUGCAGUUUUUCUGGUUCAUCAUGGAAGUAAAAAGACAUUUUAUUCAUCCAUUUCUCAACAAAGAUAUUCAUGUUUGUAAGAAUUUCAUGUCUCGUGUGUGUUUUUGUUAUGUUAGAUUUAACGGGCCAUUAGACCAAA